AUAGGCAGGUUAACGAAAAAAUAACUGCACGACCGAAUUACACGUUUGUCUCAGUCUAUAUAUUUGAUUUCGUUCUCCGCUCGUAUGCACUUCGACUUUUCUCCACGGACUCCAGUUUGUUCAGUCACCGCGGACAGAUGAAAGAGGAAAAAAAAAGUGGGAAUCAAACAGCAGAGUGUGGAAUCGACACCUUCCCGAGCUUGGCGAAUGGAAAAGGUAACAAAUGGAAAGAUGCACGGAAAAAAUGAUUAACAGGAGGUGGUGUGUCUAUGGAGUAGAACCGGGAGUUGAAAAUGCGAGAGGGAAAUUCACUCGAGCUAAGUUCAUUGGUGGGUUGACAGACACGAACGCGCUGCACGCCACUAAUUCAAGUCGCGUGCAUUACCUCCGAGUGAAACGGAGGAAAACGCACAAAUCCAUAAAGUGUCGUGGCCAGAUCACGGAUACUCAUCCUCUGUCUCUAUGUGGUGAGAUGUUUCCUAAACUUACUCCGCCUCCGGCUUCUCUCUGUAGACAAUUGCCACUCCCCGUGUGUACUGCGCGCCCAAAGAGAGGCGGUAGCGUGCCUUCAGUUUCCGUCGCUGUUGAUGACGUCACGUCACACGCCACCGCGCAUGCGCUGAGGAGUACACGAGUCGACGAUCUGUUGUCGAGUGAGGAAAACCAAAAACAAAUACAGGAAAAAAAAAGAAAAAACGGCGUUUUACUGUAAUGUCUAUGUGGAUGUGAAAGAGGAGACGUGAGGUGGAUACAAACAUCAUGGAGAUAAUAGCUGUAAGUAUUAAGGAGGAAGACUGUGAAUGGGAGUGUGUUCACCCUCAACAAGAGAGUCUGGACAUUAAGGCAGAGGCGAAAGAGGAGUCUGUCAAUAUUGAAAUGCAUAACCAUGCAAAUCUGGAGAGUGUAGAGAGAGAAGUCCUUCGUUAUGUGUGUCAAGAUGGUGUGGUGAUCAAGUUAGACUCUUCUGAAAGCAGAUACAGUACGUCUCCAGAGCCGCCUGUCAAUGUGAAGUCUAAUUCAUUACAAUCUGAUACAAAGAGAACUGAGGAAAUUUCAUCUGUUAGAACUCGGGAAUAUCAGUCACCACCUUCAAGUAAGCCUGAAAAAAGAAACAAGCGCCAACGCUGUUCGGAAUGCGGCAAACAAUUUUCUUGCAGCCAUCUUCAGAUCCAUAAAAGAAUCCACACAGGAGAGAAGCCGUGUUGGUGUAAUGAAUGUGGCAAAACGUUCUGUGACAGGCGUACUCUUCAGAGACACAAAAGAAUUCACACAGGAGAGAAGCCAUAUCGUUGUUUGGAAUGUGGCAGACAGUUCUCUGACAGGAGCAAUCUACGGAGGCACAGAAGAAUUCAUACCGGAGAGAAGCCAUUCUUCUGCUUGGAAUGCGGCAAAUCGUUUUCACGACUGAAUCAUCUUCAGAGACACACCAUAAUCCAUACUGGAGAGAAGCCAUAUUGCUGUUCUGAUUGUGGGAAACGAUUCAGUCGCAGGAGUACUCUUCAACAGCACGCCAAAAUUCACACAGGGGAGAAUUCACACUCCUAAUGAACUGCAAGAAGAGGCUUUAUUUGGAACAAUGCAGGUGCUAAGCUAAGUCCACCCUGCAAGUGUAAGACAGUGAGAAAUGAAGCAGUACAAUUAGACUAUCCUGUUUCACUAAUGUUUUGUAGUAAGCACAACUAGAAACUUUGGAGCAAUUCAACCCGAGAGAAGCCGUAUUGAGUGUGGCAGACAGUUCUCUGAAUGGAAGUGUUCGCAGAGCCACAACAAGAAUUCACACUGCUGAGCAGGCAUAUUGCUGUAAUGAAUGUGGCAAACAGUUUUUACAAAUGUGUGACCGUCAGAGACACACUAGCAUUCACAUGAGAGAGAAGUACAAUGGAAAUGUCCUAACCAAAGAGUGAGAUUCAUCCCUGUCAUGAUAGUAGGCACACCAUGAAAAUUUAGAAAAAAUAAACCCGAGAGAAGCCAUAUUGCCGUGAUGAUUCUCACAAACCAGCAGUCAUCUGGGCCACAAAAGAAUUCACAUUGUGUGCCACCUCUGUUAGAAGGUAAAGUAGGAGAAAAGUCCAAAUUCAUCCACCGAACUACUCAAGUUUUUGGGUACCUUAACAUGGUGGGCUUAUUUGGACAAGAUGUGUACCAGGGUUUCUCAGCCUUUUAUCUUGACAUACCACCCCAAGUAUGUAAAUGUUUCAGUCUCUUAAUUGUAUGUUGGUCUUAAAUUAAGUGCAAAACUGUUAUUGGGUAAAUCUAAAGCUGACAUUUCUUUUUUUGCCCAAUAAUAUUAUAGUAGGGAAUUUUAACAAUGUCUCAUGGAUAGUUUUUGUAUAUGUGAGUGUAAUUUCCUUUUUUUUAAUUAAUUAUCUUUUUAAUAUAUGGACAACAAUGUGGUUUAAUAUGAAAUUAAAAGUAUGGGACAGCUUUUUUUAUUUACAAAAAAUGUGCAACUGAAAUAGAUGUGUAACAGAGAGGCGGAGUCCCCUGGCCCCACAGGGUAUCAACAGAUGGGGACCUUUAAUGGGCUUUUGGAUAUUUUAGCGUGGGAUUUGUAAAGAAUAUCAUCAUCGUGGGACGUCUUAUUUCUUCUACCAAGUGCCCAUACUAAAUUUAUUCACUUGCAGUUUUUGUCUUUUUAAUGCAAAAAUUAAACUUAAAACCAAAACUGAACAAUUCAAACAAUAUCCCGUCAUUGCCGCCUGAAGUAGUGAAUAUAAACAUAAAUCAGAAUACAGCAUUGCCCCCGGAAUCCGAACACCUCAGAAUUUGAACAACUUGGAAUCCGAACUAAACAAUUUAGCAAAUGUUGUCCCGGAAUUUGAAUGCUGCUUUGGAAUGCGAACACCCAGCACGUUGUUCGUGUGUGUUUGUGCAUAUGUUUUUCCAGCGCUCAGGCCACCCUUACCCUUUGUCAUUCAGUUUGUUGUCGGAAGCUGUAGUGAAAGCAUCUCGUGUGAUUAUUCGCUGCUAAUUUUAUGCUUUGGUGCCUGUUUUGUGUUUAUUUUUUAUAUAUAAUAACAACUUAUUGUAUUCGCCAUGGGUCAUAAAAAUUGUAGUGAGGAAAAUAAGAGUAAGAGGAAAGCUGUUAGAACUACAAUUGAAGUUAAGAAAGAUCUUAUUGCUUUUUAAGGUAAAUACAGGUUUUUAUGUUUUUAAUUUUAUCAAUUUACAUUUUUAUUCAAAUAUUAUUUGUUAAUAUUUUACCUUAAAAAUCCAGUGUAUUUAAUGUUAAAAUCAUUGUGAAAAUCUGAGCUUGUUUGACCCAGAAACGGAUUAAUCCAGUUUCUAUUAUUUUAAAAGGGAAUAAUGGUCUUGGAACUCGAACGAUUUGGAACUUGAACGGGGUUCUGGAAUGAAUUAAGUUUGGAUCCCAAGGUAUCACUGCAUUUUGAUUUACCUCUACUCUUUAAAGCUGCUUCUAUAAGAACAUAUCUGUCUUUAUCUGUUUUGUGACGAUUGCAGUUGUGAGACGACAUUAAUGUGUGCAGAAGACAUUAGCUGGUUAGGAACACUUACUGAAGACUAACGUGUAAUCCACAUUCACAUAAAUUUUAAAUGUCACACACGUGAUUCUUUAAUUUUUCAUAUGUUUCCUUCCUGUUUCAGAAUUCCUAUAGGUGGUCAGACUUUUCCAUUGGUUAUUCUUGUGUAUUAAUAUAGCAUCAAUCAUUGAAUUUGACUGACUAUAAGUGCUGAAAUUAGCUGUAAGAGACAACAUUGCAUUCCCUCCUAUAUCAUUCAAAUUAUUUGUCAUAUGUGCUUCUGUCAAAUUUUAGUUGUUAUGCUAAUAAACAUUAUUUUAGAUUAAAAAAAGAACUUGAA